AUGGCGAACUGGAAAGAACUGGGCGAGGUCCCAGAUUCGGACGACGAGCUCGACUUCGAUAGCCAGGAUUUAGAGUCACUCCCGAACCCCGAGCUUCCCUCGAACUGCCCUGCCGAACCCUCGCAAACGAAGAACGCUCGAGAAAGCAUAUGGGACGUUCCCGAGUCGUUGCAAGGAACGCCCGCCGUUGCGUCUGUGAAGCAGAGAGCAACAAUCCCGAGCCAUGAGGUACCUAUGCCCUCCGAGCAGGAGCCGCCCUCCUCGCCACUAUCUUCGGUGCCGGAUAUGGACGAGCUAGAUGACCCUUUCGACUUGGACGAACCAAAAACCCAAGCAGCUCCUCCUGCCAAGACGAGGCAGAUGUACUUCCCUGACGACCGCGACGACUCUCCCGAUCCUUUGGCCGGUGACGACAGCAUAUCGACGAGCUAUGUCAAGAUCACAGCUCCUCAGCCCGAAUUCCCGGCCGAGAAUGGUACUACAAGUCUCUCCCCGCCUCUCAAAUCUCCAGCGAUUUCUCUACUACCGAGUCAAUCAAAGAGUCAACCAAGCCAGCAGGGACGACUGGCCACGCAGCGCCGCACAAGCUCUAGCCAGUGUGAAGAGCUCGCAAGACCAGCAGCGCAGCACGCUUUUGGCAGCACCUCCCUGGCAAAACCUCUGACUGAGGCUCGAGCGGUGUUUUCGGUGGAUAUCCCAGUGCAGAAUCAGGUGAGGGGUCAGCAGUUGCCGCCCGCUCAGCGGGAAGCAUCCUCCAAUCGAAAUGAAGAGGUUGCGAGACAAGUUGCGGUGCGGUAUGAACGCUCAUUCAGACCGAGGAAACCGAUCCAGGAACAUCCAUACCUUAUUGAGAACGCGCAGUACAGCAAAGCCCUGAAGUCACACGGCAUUCGGCCAGUCAGAAUGCCUACCGAGCCGGCCCCUAGACGACAGAGAACGGAUAAUGACUCUGGAGAGAAGGAUUUCGAGGACGACAGCCAAGAGACGGCGGCGGGUGCGCCAAACGAGACUACAGACGAUAGUCAAGCCAACGGGAUUGAUGAGCCAUCGAGCUCUGAGCCCUUGCGAGCGUCAUCACUGUCCCCGUCACCGUCGCCAUUGCGAACUUCAUCUCCAAAGCACCGUGGCGGGCCGAGCAGCCAACCUAGUCAAGGAGACACCGACAACACAAGUCUCUCCGAUAACGAUGACCUCCCUUCAUUGGACGAAAUCCACCGCAAGUUGCUGUUAAACCGGUCUGCAAAGAAACGCAAGUUUGGGAGAGGAGCGAUAUCCAAACCGAAAAUGGUCAAGCAGACGGCUUCAGAUGCCCGCACAUCCUCAAGGCCGACGUUUCAGCAGUAUGACGAGAUAUACGGCAUGUCGUCUUCUCCGUCUUCGUCAGCACAGGUUCAGAAUGCCGCUGUCAACUCACCGACGGAGCCGAUAGCGUCGCCUGCUAUAUCCGAUAUUCCAGACCCGUUUGCCGAGGACGAUGAUCAACCUAUCCUUCUCGGCAAUACGGUGUCACCGGUUGUAUCGGAGAGGCACACUUCUCUUGGUGCGGACCUCCCGGUACUCGACCUGACUGUGGCGGAUGUCUCCGACACUGGAGAGGAUGACCCCGGGCAUCCGGAUACGAACAUGUCUGGAAACGAAUCAGAGGCCGGCAACGACAGCGGUUCGGAGAGGUUGUCAAGAAUGUUGGACGAAGAAUGCGAGGAGUUCUUCCCGCAUCCUGGCUCCGACUCGAUCAACAAGCAAACCGACCCAAGUCCACUCAGCAUCAACGACACGAAAUGUCACCCGAGAAAACGCAGAGACGUGGUGUUGCGGUUCGGCGAAUCGGUCGUUCGGCAUCGAACAUAG